AUACCUUUCCUGUAUCAGUUGUUUAUUGUUAUGCGUCGCGGUCAUGUUGCUGACUUCCGUCGUGUGUUGUCUACACCCACCGUGCGACGUGAGUCCAUAUUAUUUGGCCAUGGCACAACCCGUCGCUCCGCAGGCCCGUUGCGGAAACGUGCUAAUGCGGCUACUAUGGAUUUGACAGAGCACCCGGAAUCGUUUCCAUCUAGGUAUGAUGGGUAUCCUAGCAACCGUAGUCCAUCGAAGAGUAGUGACGUGAACAUAGAGAAUGGCAACCGAACACCCAGUGCACUGUUUCCUGGGAUAAGAACAGCUACUAAAGCCAUAUCAACAUCCCACAAGGAUGCUUAUCGCAAAACUCAGCCUAAUGCAACUGCGCCAUCGUCACUUGGUACUUUGCGCGGUAGAUCUUUAAACGCAUCUCUGGAUCGCAGUGAUAUUGGUAUAUCCGUCAUGUCAUCGGUAACAGGGCCUAUCACGCCAUACGUGGUUGAAAACAUCCUUCUACGUGACAUCAGCCGUAACGUCUUCAAUUUACCCAUAUCGCGCUUACGUAUUUGGCUCUAUAAUUUUGACUUGACCAGACUAGCUCACACUGCGUUGGAUUACUAUUACUGUGGCAAAUUCUCACCGGAAAAGCUACUUCUAGUGGAUGCAGUAGUUACCAAUAAAAUCAGUGCCGCUUCACCUAUACGUUCAUGCAAGGAUGUUGCACCGUUAUUGAAGCUAGAGCGAAUUCUGAUAUCAUCUGGCAUUAAAACCGUGCUGAACAUGUCACUAUACAGGUGUUGCAUCGAUACACUAGAAACACAUGCUUACCGUAUAUCAUCGGACUUUGUGAAUAUAUGUCUAAACCUAGACGUUUUAUGGCAGCACAUGGCAAACCUGGGCCAGCUGGGUGAUAUUUCAGACAUCCAUUCCGUUACCGAGGGUGGCCCUAUACUUCCUCAACUGUAUAAACCACUAGUGCCACAUCUGGAGAGGGCAGCGUUCGAAUUGUCAGCAAAUGGGUUGCCUGCUAUGUUACAGUUGCUUAUACGGCUAGGCCCUUACGUACCGAGGAAGGAAUUAUUACGUCUACACGAACUUGUGUUCCUAAAGAUUAUGGAGCAUUACAAUACCAUGGAAGCUGGUAUCAGUAUCCAUUUAUUGCGCCUCUUGGAGCGUCUAGAAACUAGUCUUCCAAAGCCAAUAUACUUCUUGUGUAAUAGGUAUUUGAAUGUUCCGGGCACAAAUAUUAAGCUCUGUGAUUUCGCGCUAGUGACUCGUUGCUUAUCUCACUGUUUACAUAUAGACAUAUUAACCUUGAGGCGUGUUCUGUUGCUAUAUCGUGGAUUCGUUCAAUCUGGAGCAGAUACAUCGGGAAUUGACAUAUCAAUCAUUGGCACUAUACACCGUGCAUUUGAGGUAUAUCCCCUGACUACAGAGAGUACUCUGGCCAGUGCAGUCGUUCCUGGUACCGAAUCUAGCUUGUUCAUUAUCCUACCUCGUGGUUAUUAUCGCAAGUCAUUAUGUCAGGAAGAGUUUUACUCGUUGGUACGAUGGUCACUAGGUCGCCUUCGGGAAUCGUGUGAUCCUAGGGUAGUCCGUCUCUGUGACCCUCUCUACUUGCGUUGCAACUAUGUAAUGAGGUCUAGUUUACGUAAUCCCUUGGGAAAGCUGUUAUCAACCACUGUCACCUAGCGCAUAACACGUGUUUAAUCUUUGUAAGUGUAUAGGCUACGCCAGCUAUA